AUGUAUUUAAUUGAAUUAGUGAAAAAUCCGAAAUGGUUAGAACAUCCUCAACAAGGUUUAUCAGAGAAUGAUCCUCAAUUCUAUCAGUUUGGAUUUGAAUAUCAUACUGCUCAACUUAUGGAAGAAGUCAAUAAAACAUGUAAUCGUUUGUUGACUAAUGAAGAAGAUAAACAGAAACCAAUUUCCGAUAAAAUGAUGCUUGUUGGUCAAGAUCAAACUCAAUGUUGGUCGACAAAAAAAGAAAUGGUCGAUUCACAUGAAUUAUGCGUAGCAAAAUGUCGACACGUCUUUAUUGAUCAAAGUCAAUUUAAAGAAUUCAAUUCGCCAGGAAUUAUUAUUCUUGAUAAUCCACUUUUAGAUGGUGUUUAUUAUUUUAAAGGAAGUCUCUAUUUAAAUGUAUUUGAUUGGGCUAAUGAGAAUUAUAAAUACGAUGUAGAAAAUUUAGUAUUUCACGAAACAAUACCUGAUGGGUCACCAUGCAAUGGUUUUAUCCACGGAUGGACUUUAUUUGCUGAACACUUAGGUUACUCAAUGCUUAAUGAACCUUGGACUUGCUUUGGUUCCUUACAAUCAAAUAUUUUACGUACGUUUCGUAUGAUUGCUGAAAUUCUUUUACAUGUUGAAGGACAAACACCGACACAAGUUAUUGAAUUAGCAAAACAAUAUCUAACAACAAGUGAAGCAUCUAUAACAUCAGAAAUAUAUCGUUAUAGAACUUUAACAGGUCAAGCAUGUUCAUAUAAAAUUGGUUUAGAAAUAUUCAAACGUAUUAUUCACGAAACGUUUAAUGUCAUUGAAGUGAAAGAUUUUAUGAGGUUGAAUCUGGAAGAUUGGUACAAAUAA